CCGCUCUCCUCUCUUCCUCAGCCGCUCGCUCGGACGGAAAAAAGGUCUCGCCGUCGUCGUCGGUAGGUCACGCGGGUCCCCAAAUCCAGCGAGCCAUGGCCAUGGCCAGCCUCGCCGCCCCUUCUCCGGCCUGCUGCUCCCUCCAGCUUCACCUCCUACGCCGCCCAGCCCUAGUCCUCCUCCGAAUCCCUCUCCGCCUCCGCCUCAGCCUCCGCCUCAGAGCCCAAGCCGCACCCUCCCCUUCCCCCGAGCCGGAACCCGAAGCCGACGACUCCUUCGCCGGCUGGUCGGACAAACAACAAGACAACAAGGAGGAUGCUGCUGCUGAUUCUGAUUCUCAUUCGGGAGGAGGGCUUGUUGGACCUGCCCUUGCUGGCCUUCUCUUCCUCGCCGGCAUCACAUUCGCAGCAAUCUCCUUCACAUCAACAAAUAAUAAUGCAUCAAAGGCACCUAUUCAAACCUUGACCGCACACUCUCAGACGACGACACACAACUCUACCCAAGAUGACACUCCAGAACAACAACACCAAGACCAAGACGAUGCUGCUGCUACUCAGUCUCAGGUUUUGUCACCAGCCGACGAUACCCCGGAUGCCACUAGUGAGCCUACAACACCAUCUUUGCCUAAUAAUCUACAAACAACCCAGAUGCAAGCUGAAAAUGACAUGGAAAUCAGCACCACCAGCGACCUAGAUCCGACCACCGAUAAAUACAUUGCUUCCAAUGAUGCCACUCCUGUGUCCGACUCAGCUGAAUCUCUGCUCGCUGCUUAUGACUCGUCCGGUAAACUUGGUGCUGCACAACCACACUCUGAGGACACAACUCCUCACCUACCAGAGGAGUUAUUAGACUCUCAAGCCAGCUUGCCAGAAAACCAGGAUACUUUAACUUCAGAUAUAAUGGUGCUGGAUUCAGGUGAUGUUGUGCAACUAUCCGACACACAUUCACAAGAUAACGAGCAGAAUCCUCAACUUUCUACUCAAGAUGGAGCUCCUGCAUCCACUUUUCCGGAUUAUGUACCAUAUGACAGCACUGACCAGAUGCUUCCAUCGGGCUCAAAUGACUUACCCACUGAAGAUGCUAACCAAGGAAGGGUGAAACAAGCCUCAGCAUCAGAUCAGGAUCAAGGACAAAAUUACUUGGAUAACCAAAAUGACCUAUUCAAAUCUGCAGCGCACGGCAAAUCUUUCUCUCCUGGAAUUCCUGCUCCCUCUCUGCUCUCUGCAGCUUUACAGGUGCCUGCUGGCCAGAUUGUGGUUCCAGCAGCAGUUGACCCAACCCAGGGAAAUGCAUUGGCCGCGCUGCAAGUUUUAAAGGUGAUUGAACCUGGUGCUCUACCUGGUGACUUAUGUACCCGACGCGAAUACGCUCGAUGGUUGGUAGUUGCAAGCAAUUCUCUUUCAAGGAACACUUACUCGAAAGUUUAUCCAGCCAUGUACAUCGAGAAUGUGUCUGAACUUGCAUUUGAUGACGUCACAACUGAAGAUCCUGAUUUUCCAUUUAUACAAGGAUUGGCAGAAGCAGGGCUAAUUUCUAGCAAGCUGUCAAGAUCUGAUAUGGACAUUGAUGAAAACGUCCAGAACAACCAUUACUUUUUCUCCCCGGAGAGUCCCUUGUCACGUCAAGACCUUGUGAGUUGGAAGAUGGCUUUGGAUAAAAGGCAAUUACCUGAAGUUGACAAAAAUUCUUUGUACAAGACAUCUGGCUACAUAGACAUUGAUAAAAUUGAUGCAGCUGCAUGGCCUGCUUUGGUGGCUGACUUGGGUGCUGGAGACCAGAGCAUCACGGCUCUUGCAUUCGGUUUUACAAGACUUUUCCAGCCAGACAAACCUGUGACAAAAGGACAGGCUGCCCUAGCACUUUCAACUGGUGACUAUGCUGAAGUGGUUAUGGAGGAGCUUGCCCGUAUCGAAGCAGAUAAAAUAGCUGAAGCAGCUGUGAACGCUCAUGGAGCAUUGGUCGCUGAGGUGGAGAAACAAAUCAAUGCAAGUUUUGAAAGGGAGCUUACAAGGGAAAAGGAAAAAAUAGAGACCCUUGAAAAGCUGGCUGAAGAAGCUAGGGCUGAACUGGACAAGUUGAGAGCAGAAAGAGAGGAGGAAAAGAAUGCUCUGCUUAGGGGCAGAGCUACUGUUGAAUCCGAAAUACAAGUUCUUUCAAAGUUGAGGUGUGAAGUAGAGGAGCAGCUGCAGAAUGUGCUGAGCAAGAAGGUCGAGAUCAACUUUGAGAAGAACAGGAUUGAGAAACUUCAAAAGGAAAUCGAGAAUGAAAACCAGGCUGCUGUGCAACUUCAGUAUGAGCUUGAAGUUGAAAGGAAGGCUUUGUCUAUGGCCAGGGCUUGGGCAGAGGAUGAAGCAAAGAAGGCCAGGGAGCAUGCUCGUGCCCUUGAGGAGGCCCGGAACCAGUGGGAGCGACAAGGGAUCAAAGUUGUCGUUGACGCAGGGCUUGAGGAGGAUGCAUCGGCCGGAGUGACAUGGGCUAAUGCUGGCAAAGAACACCCAGUUGACGAGGCAAUCAACCGGGCGGAGUCCCUGCUGGAGAAGCUCAAGUCGUUUGCUGGUGAGAUGAAAGUCCGAUCCAGCCAUGCCCUGGAGAGAGUAAUGCAGUAUGUGAGGUCCUUGAUCUCAAGCCUGAAGGAGGGAGCGGCGCAAGGGUGCACAGAUCUUGGGGCUGCUGCAGCCUCAAAGGCAAAGAAGCUGUCAUCAGAAGCGAAGGCGUUGGGUUCAAGCGUCGGGGACAAGUCGAAGAAGGUAGUGGAGGACUGCAAAGACGGCCUGGAGAAGUUUGUGCACAGAUUCAAGACAGACUAGCUGCUGGUAGGGAGCUUUUCAUGCCUUGUGUAUCUGAGACCAGACAAUUUAUAGCCAGCCAAAGAGACAAGAAACCGGGGAAUAAAUUUUGUGGCAGCUUGUGCUACAUUUUGCGUCAUGUGAUGUUGUAGAGUACAUUACAUUUUGGGUGUUGUUGUAAAUGAAUGAAUGAAUAUAGUGAAGCAAUAAGCUGGAAGCGACAUAGCAGCA